AUGCUAGUGUGUUAAUUAAGGCGCAAAAUUUAAUCAAAAGGGUAGCUGCAAAUGCGGCAACCGCAAAAGGCUCGGACGGAUGGUGGCACUGCGCAGCUACCUGUCGUCUCCCCCCUUGGUCUUCCUGCUCGCCGCCAACACCUAGAGCACAGCGAGCGCACCAAGAAAUGGAGCUCAGCCUCCUCCUCCCCGCCUCCCCAGUUCCUGCUCUGCGCGCAUAGCCGUGCCGCGCCUCCUCUCCCGCACGUUCCACUCCCCGCGCGAGGUACUAUUUGAGCCGCGAAGAUGGCGAUGACGGCUUACAAGUAUCAAGCUCAGGCGUUGAUGAGGGACUACUUGCUAGCUGAUCCACUCGUUCCGUACACCUCGGUGCUCAUUGGCAUUGUCCUCUGCAAGAUGGCUUAUGAUUUUACACGGCUAUUAAGCUCCUUUUACUUCAAGGGCUAUUCUUCAUUAACAAAAAUACAGCGCAUCGAAUGGAACAACAGGGGUAUGUCCAGUGCGCAUGCAAUCUUUAUCAUGUCUGUAUCAUUAUAUCUUGUCGCAUCGACUGAUCUUUUUUCUGACCACCUUAAGGGACCUAUUACAUUCCGUAAUUCAAUCAUCUCCACUUUUGCAUUAGGGGUUUCUGUUGGUUACUUCAUCACUGAUCUUGCAAUGAUCUUCUGGCUGUACCCUUCCCUUGGUGGAAUGGAAUAUGUCCUCCAUCAUACACUUUCUCUAGUUGCAAUAGCUUACACAAUGUUGUCUGGGGAAGGGCAGUUUUACACAUACAUGGUUCUUAUUUCAGAGACAACCACCCCUGAAAUCAACUUGAGAUGGUUUCUUGACACUGCUGGACUGAAAAAAUCAAGCGCUUACUUGGUUAAUGGCAUUCUGAUGUUUGUUGUGUGGCUGGUGGCAAGGAUAUUUUUAUUCAUGUAUGUAUUUUACCACAUCUAUUUGCACUACAGUCAGGUAGCGCAGAUGCAUGCUUUUGGGUACUACCUGACAUUCCUUGUACCAUCAGUGCUCUUUGUGAUGAACACGAUGUGGUUCGUGAAGAUUCUGAAAGGUGUGAAGAAAACACUGGCAAGAUGGCCAUGAUCAAUGACGAUAAGCGGAUCCCAGACAUAUCAACAAGACUUGGUGUUUCGGCAGCACUGCAUGCCUUUGAUGUAUAAAGUUAUGGAUAUCAGGGUAACUAGAAAAGGUUGAUAUGUAAAGUAUUAACAAACAAGUUAGAUUAGAUGAAAUCACCCUAUUUUCAGCAAAGCUGGAAUUUUGUAACCAGUUUGGUUACUGAAGUUCCAGCACGCUGUUCUGCUUACCCCAUCUGCGCCAUGUGUAUACCGGAAGAGCAUUUUAGUGGAUGGUUUAUUCAAUAGUACAAUCCCCGAUGCUAAA